CGCGCCUUGUACGGCUGUGCGGGUGUGCCAAGUGUCGCCGCGGGCGCUGUAUAUAGCGCGCGGCGGCCACGCUCGCGUCCACUGUCUCCGCCACCGCCGCCGCAUCAGCCACGUCCCCUCCGCGACGCCGCUCGCUCACUUACAAUAAAUAAGUUGUCGGUGGCACCGUUGCAUCUAUUUACAGUUGCGAGUUUCGGUUGAGACCGAGCGCAGUGCUAACACAGUUGGUGAGGCAGUGACGCGAGAGUUCCUGUGCAGUUUCCGCAGCAAAGCAACUAACCGACGACAUGUGCGACGAUGAUGCGGGCGCCCUUGUAGUGGACAAUGGGUCCGGUAUGUGCAAGGCGGGCUUCGCGGGCGACGACGCACCGCGCGCCGUGUUCCCCUCCAUAGUAGGCCGACCACGCCACCAGGGCGUCAUGGUGGGCAUGGGACAGAAAGAUUCUUAUGUAGGUGACGAGGCGCAGAGCAAGCGAGGUAUCCUCACGCUCAAAUACCCCAUCGAGCAUGGCAUUAUCACCAACUGGGACGACAUGGAGAAGAUCUGGCAUCACACGUUCUACAACGAGUUGCGCGUGGCGCCCGAGGAGCACCCCAUCCUGCUGACGGAGGCACCGCUCAACCCGAAGGCAAACCGCGAGAAGAUGACGCAAAUCAUGUUCGAGACGUUCAACUGCCCUGCGAUGUACGUGGCCAUUCAGGCGGUGCUUUCGCUAUACGCGUCCGGCCGUACCACCGGCAUCGUGUUGGACUCGGGCGAUGGCGUGUCGCACACCGUGCCCAUCUAUGAAGGGUACGCACUGCCGCACGCCAUCCUGCGUCUGGAUCUGGCCGGACGCGAUCUCACCGAUUACCUGAUGAAAAUCCUGACGGAGCGCGGCUAUUCGUUCACGACGACAGCUGAGCGCGAAAUCGUGCGCGAUAUCAAGGAGAAGUUGUGCUACGUGGCACUGGACUUCGAGCAGGAAAUGCAGACGGCUGCCGCUUCCACCUCACUGGAGAAGUCGUACGAGCUGCCCGACGGACAGGUUAUCACCAUCGGUAACGAGAGAUUCCGGUGCCCCGAGGCGCUGUUCCAGCCUUCGUUCCUGGGUAUGGAAUCCUGCGGCAUCCACGAGACCGUGUACAACUCAAUUAUGAAGUGCGACGUGGACAUCCGCAAGGACCUCUACGCUAACACAGUACUGUCGGGCGGCACCACCAUGUACCCGGGUAUCGCCGACAGGAUGCAGAAAGAGAUCACCGCGCUCGCGCCAUCCACCAUCAAAAUCAAGAUCAUCGCACCCCCCGAGAGAAAGUACUCCGUGUGGAUCGGUGGUUCGAUCCUGGCCUCCCUGUCCACCUUCCAGCAGAUGUGGAUCUCGAAGCAGGAGUAUGACGAGUCCGGGCCGGGCAUCGUGCACCGCAAGUGCUUCUAGAGCGGCGCUCCCCGCGCGCCCCCGCCCGCGUCCGUCUGUCCGUCCGUCCCCCUCUGUUUUGCUACGUUUUGUACUGUAGAUGUGCAGGUGUUCGGUGCGGCCUCGCGUCGUGUGACUGUGGUAUCUUUAAGUUUAUGUGGUUUAAUAUACUUUUGUUACUGAU